AUAACCCACGCUAUUAAGAGAUAUGUUAAGUUUGGCCACGAUAUUGAUUCUGGUGAAGACAUUGAAAGGGCAAUAAAGGAUAUAGCAGGAACGCACAUUGCUCACCUAGAACCAAAUAGAAAUCAGCAUACUAAAGUUUUAUCACUUAUAUUAGUUUCACUGAAUGACGAUUUGGUAGAUGAAGAUGAGAAUAAUGAACCUGAGACGAUCGAUUUAACUGAUACAGCUGAAAUAGAUGUUUGCAACGAACCAGAAGGGUCAUAG